AUGCCGACUAGAGGCGGCAAGAAGCAGAAUCGCAACAAGAAGAAGGAUGUGGGCCACAAGGGCUCUGGUGGCUGGAAAGAGUGGCCUGCCCACAUGGUCACCGGCUACCUGACCUCUUCCCAAGUCACCGAAGCUUUCCGAUCCGUUCACAAGGCCAACAGUCUCGAUAUGCUAGGCGGGUUCCGUUACGGAAAGAUCGCCAUCUUGAUUCCGUCAGCCCAGAAGACCUGGGUUGAGGGCUGUCGCUUGGAAGACCCGAAGCGAAUGGCCAAAGUUGAGAAGGCAUGGCUUCAGUACAAGAAGGAAAACAAGGGCGAAGAAGACAUCGUUGACCUGAUGAACUACUCGUUGCUCUGGGAGGAUCUUGAGUUGAUACUGGAGAAGGAGAACUGGACCGAAGAGGAGAAGUUCCAGGAUCAGUUGAGAAUUGCGUCGGAGGUGAGGAGGGAUGGCGCGGAGAGCGUCAAGGUUCCCGGAGCCAAGGAAGGCAAGGCAGCUCAGGGUCUGGGAGCGUCGGGUCUAGAAUAUCAGGUGGUCCUGUCCUACUGGAAUGCCGAAGGUCUAAGCGCCUUCAUCACUUUUGCCCGCUUGCAUCACAAAGAUGCGUUCACCAUACGCUACCUCGAGAAGCAUGGACCUGCUGCCAUGCUCAGUGCAGCCGAACAGCAGAAAUGCGUCACCAAGUACUAUGACAGCUUGGCUUCCGACAAGAAGAAGAAGGACCACUUCGAUGCCAAGUUCCUCCUCUUCAGAGAGUCCCUGAAUGAAGGCGAGGUUAUGGACAAGAACGUCUUUGUUGUUUGA